UGAUCAGUACUAAACAGUGAGCAAAAUUUUUUGAAUGUUUUUAAUAUAAUGUGAUUUAUUUUUAACAACAUGUCGUCUUGUAAAUUGCCUCCGUAUAUAUUACAAGAACUACCUGAUAUCACAGAUUGUAUAAGGUAUCCUAUAGAAAGUGUUCAACGCAUAAAGUAUACGUGUUUCGAUGUAUCCAAGAGCCUCAUAGCAUUUGGUGCAACUAGUGGUGGUAUUUACGUUUUCAAUAGGAAGCCAUGUGAAUUUGUGCAGCUCAUACCAAAUAAGGAUGGUGCAAUCACACGACUAGCUAUAUCGUCUGAUGAGAAACACAUUGGUUUUGCCAAUGGCAAGGGUGUGGUAACAGUCACAGCAUGUGAUCAGUCUAUUAGCGGUGGCUACUCUUCAGUAACUUCGAAGGAGCAUCAGGGAAAUGAAGUCACUGCCAUGGUAUGGGGAAGAAAUAACAUGUUAUUCACUGGUGAUGAUGUUGCAAAAGUAUCAGUAUUGCAGCUACAAAGUUUUAUUGCAAAAGCAAUAUUUCAAAGCUCGUCACAGACUAUAAUGAGUUUAGACUCUCGUAUUUGCCAAUUGGAUGUAAAGGAAAAUAUGCUUUUAGUGUCAACUUUUACACGAUGCUACAUGUGCGAUACAUCACAAGAGCAAUACAGACAAAUAGGGUUAAAACUUAGGGAUGGAGAAUUUGGAGCAUGCUUUUAUAAUAAAGAAAGCCAUACGAAUAACAAUUUAGCACAAACUGUUGAAAACUUCACUGAAGUGAAAAAAUACAAUAUAGUUGAUGAUGACACAGGAUUUGCAGUGGGCGAAGAAAUGGCUGGCACUCUUAUCUAUUGUGCACGUCCAUCUUCUAGAUUAUGGGAAGCAACUGUUGAUGGAACUGUAAAAAGAACGCACCAGUUUAAGCAGGUCCUAGCUAAACAACCAAUGCAGUUAUUUUCAUUAGAAUCUUAUAACAAUGAUGUUAAUCACUUAAAUAUCGAAAAAGAAAUGAUUGGUGAAGGGCAGUCUGUAAAUUUUCCUAAAUUAUACAAUGUGAAUGGUGCCGUAUUUUCAUUUAAAAAAGAUGCUAUUUAUUUCUUAAAUUUAUGUGACGUAGAUUAUACUACUUGGUUCACAUUUGGUGAUAUUGCAGAUUGCAAGAUUUGUCAUGACAUUAUAUAUGUAUGGCUAACUAAUGGUUCUCUAUUAAGUUUAAGAUACACAAAAAUAGAAAAGUUUUUGGUGCAAUGUUAUAUUGAUGAGAAAUAUGUAAUUUGUGCUGAGUUAUGUGCCUUGUUUAAAGAUUAUUUGCUUAACAAUAGCCUCUCAUCUAAGUUACACAUUCUAAGCGGUUUGAGAGAGAAAUUAAAAAAUGAAGACUUGUUAAAAAAUAUCACUGAUGUUCUAGAAAAAUUUGAUGGUUUAAAGAUGAACGAUGCUACACAGAUGAAAUCUGGCAUAUAUAUUGUAGAUAAUACGUAUCAAACUCAGACUUCACUUCUAGAAGACGAUUUAAAAGGCGUCAAACAAAAUGAAGACAGUAAAUUCAGUACUUUGUCACCAGAUGCUUUACAGGCUUUCAAAGAACUUAGCACAACAGUAACAGAUAAACUGAAUACCAGCAAGAAGAUCUUAAAGGAAAAAUGGGAGGAUUUUGAAGGAAAAAUGAAAAAUUUUAAUGAAUCUCAACCAAAACCGGAACUUAGUAUUCCUAAAAGAAAUUCACCUGAAGAACUGUCGCCUGUAGAAUAUAAAGCAGUUGUGUUGGAUGACACUAUUAUCUACAAAGAACCUAGUCAAAAGCCUGUAGACAAUAGUUGUUUAGAAAAGGAUAAAUUGUGUAAAACUUUGUAUCAGUUCUUUAGAUUAAGUUUAGUGGAUAAGGAAAAAGAUCGAUCGAAUUUAGUUUCAACGAUAGAGAGUAAUGCCUGUGAUGUUAAUGAAGUUUAUAAUCUAAUGUUACUAUUAGAACAAUAUUGUAUUGCUGUAGGUGCUUUAGAAGAAUCAAAGUUCGCACCAAAUAAUAUUUUUUUAACUUACCUUAGUAGUACGGUAAAGAAAGAUGUUCUUUUAGAUGCUAUAAUAAAUGAUGAAGUUUUAUACAAAUACUUUGUUGAUUCAUGUAUCUCUGUGAAUAUGAAGACUCAAAUACUUACUAAUAUAGGUUGCGAGUGUGGCUUCCCUCUACCAUAUACAAGAACAAACCAAAUGCCAGUUUUUGCUGAGUUAAUUGAUGAAUUUAUUGAGAAGCAAUGGUCAAGUCAGUCUAGGAACCAAUGUUAUGAAAUGUGCAAACGGAUGCCUUAUUUGUGGAGGAAAAUUUUAUAUUUACGCAGGAAUGAAGAUCUUUUAAAUGUCCUACGAAUAUUGUUGCAGAUGUUAGAUGAAGGGCUACUGCAUUCAUUCUUGCCUCAGUUCACUAUGGAAUCUUGGGAUAGAGCCUUACAGCUAUAUGCAACCUUGCAUGCAAAUAUGUGUUUGAAUUGUAAUAAGAAAUUUCAUCAUAUAUCUGUGAGAGAUAUGCUAAGUUGGGACGAUUUAGGGGCGCUCAUGAUAAAGUCUGUCGGCGGUAGAAAUGCUUUAACAUUGAUGCAGAAACAUGCCAAGCUUAUAGAUAUUGGAGAAAUAACAAUGAAAUUUUAUCAUACCAGUUUAGUUGUGUCAAUGUAUGAAAAAUACGAUGCUACAAUAACAGUACAGCUUACUGAGACCAUCUACAGUUCUUAUGACUUUGAGGAUUCACGACUAGAGGUUUGUCGUCUACUCAGAAACACUUGUAAUGGAGUGAUUGCAAACACGGCACUGCCAAUAACAAUCGCUGCGAACUCUAACACGUGGGGAUUGACACCUGUACAGAUUAAAACGAACACGACCAUUAGCGACAACUCAACCAACGGUAGUAUUAAAAUUAAAAACAUUACUUUAAAAGAUAUUGUACAAAAGUUGCCAGAAAUAAUCAUCUGUCAGAAUGUUGAUUGCAUACUGUGUGGGUUGCCAUUACAAAAUGAAGUUUUAAUCCAAGAUGGCGGGUUAUGGGUCUUCAAAUGUGGCCAUACGUUUCAUGGCGCAUGUCUGAAUAUUAAUAAGGUAAAACUCUGCCCUUCUUGUCCUAAAGUUUAAAAGAUCUUUUCUGCGAUCUCAUGUAAUUGCCCUACCAAAGAUCAUAGUAUAAAACUACUUUAAUGUAAUAAAAUUUAUAAAGCAGAUAAAUAAAUGAUCUAAAUACAAUAAUAUUAGUAAUAAACAUGUAGUAUGGCUAUCCAAAUACUUACUUUUAUAAUUCAUUAUUCUAUCAGCUUUAACUACCUCGUCUUCAAACUUCUGGCGUGCUAAUAAUAUUAUUACAUAGAUUUAAUGCAAUAAGUAAUUAAUGAAAUGAUAUGGGUGUAUUAAUAUGUACGUUUGUACAGUCAGCAAAAAGUUUUUAAUAAAUAAAUAAUAGAAUAUCUUUUCAUCACAUUUUCUUAAUGAUUUAGUUAAGUACUUAAUGGAUAUUAUUUUUUUAACGCUACAAUUAGCAUGUAUAUGUAAUAUCACAAAUAUUCAGUGCGGAAACUUGACUACCGUUACGACGUUUUCUAUAGGUCAUCAAAUUUCAACCGUUAUUGAGUUGAGUUGAUAUUACGACACCUGUUUCGUCGCUGGUCGAGGCAUCAUCAGGCAUUGAAUAGAGUUAUAGCGUGUUGACUUCCGACUUGAAGUAGUGGAAUGAACUUCCGCAAAAUAUCACCUAAUUCAAUUAAUUUUUUUGUUAAGUCAUAAUAGUUAUUAAAAAUCGGUUUGUUUGAUUUGAAAAAUUGAAUAACUUAAUAUUUUUGUUGUAACUGAUAUGAAAGUUUAUGUUUUAAAUUUCUACUAAAUUGUUGAUUAAAAUUGAACUUUAUGUAAUAUUUUAAGAGUGCGUGAAACAUUUCUUAUCGUGCACAAAUAAUUUUGUGUUCUUAUUAUUAAUUUUACCGGGUGUUUGUGUGUGUUUAAACAUAAUAAUAAAAUAGCGCCAAUUUAUGUUUUAUAUAUUCAGAUAGAUUAACAUUGAAUAUUCUAAUAAUAUAUGUUAAAUAUAACU